AUGGCUAGUUUGUAUUCCUAUCUCUAUGCAUUGGCUUUGCUUGGCAACUUAUUAGCUACUCCAGUGCUUUGUUUAGCCCAUCAAAAGAAGCAUGUAGCCCUGUUUGCGUUUGGGGACUCACUCUUUGAUCCUGGCAACAAUAACUACAUCAAUACCACUACUCUUCUACAGGCUAAUUUUUGGCCGUAUGGUGAGUCUUUUUUCAAGGACCCAACAGGCAGGUUUUCUGAUGGUCGUAUUGUGCCCGAUUUUAUUGCCGAGUUUGCUAAGCUGCCAUUAAUUCCGGGGUAUUUCCAGGCGGAGCAAGGUGGAUUUAUUAAUGGCGUGAACUUUGCAUCUGGUGGUGCUGGCAGCCUUGCUGAAACCUAUUCUGGUUUGGUAAUUGAUCUUAAAAAGCAGGUGCAGUAUUUCAAGAAUGUUGCAAAACAGUUGAAGGGGAAGUUGGGGAAUAAAGAUUCAAACAAACUGCUGACUAGUGCAGUUUACAUGAUUUGCAUUGGCAGCAAUGACUACAUCGGCCCCUUUAUUACAAAUUCCACCAUCCUUAAUGCAUAUACUCACAAGGAAUACGUUGACAUGGUGAUUGGCAAUAUGACUAAUGCUAUUAAGGAAAUAUACAUGGAAGGAGGAAGAAAAAUUGUCAUUUAUUCAGUGGCACCUUUAGGCUGCAUACCAUUUUCUAGGGCUCUCAAGCUUCAACAAACGAAUAGAACUGGCUGCGUUAAGGAACUCCAUGUGUUGACAGAGAUGCAUAAUAAGGCUUUACCAAGAAAGCUAAUCAAUCUGGAGAAGACAUUACAAGGGUUUAAGUGUUCAUACUUCGAUUUCUUCACGGUUGUAAAUAACGCAAUCGAUCAUCCAUCAAGAUAUGGUUUGAAAGAGGCAAAGACUGCAUGUUGCGGUAGCGGUCCUUAUAGAGGACUACCAAGCUGUGGAGGAGAAAGAAGGCAAUUUAAAGAGUACGAGUUAUGCAAAGAUGUCGGGGAUUAUUUGUUUUUUGAUUUUAUUCACCCCACAGAGAGGUUCAACCAACUCACUGCUACACUUCUUUGGAAUGGGGAUUCCAACCUUGUCUGGCCUUACAGUGUGAAAUCCUUUUUUGAACAUGUCUAGCCUAUUUGUAUGCAUAAAUGCAAAUAAUAUAUUCUCAAAAAAAAAAUGCAAAUAAUAUAAAGCUUUAAUUGGUAUUCAUAUGUAUGUGUUUGAAUGCUUUAUUUUCUUGUAAGAGAAAA